AUGAGUAGGCCUGUUAUGGUCAAGAAAAUGCAUAAUUAUAAUGAAACUACGUCUGCUGAUCUCUCACAAUGGCCAAAGGAUCAAGUGCGUAUUGUUUUCGAUGGAGAUGGUGUACUCUUCUCGGAUGAAGCGGAAUGCAUCUAUAGAGAGAAAGGCUUGGAGGUCUUCCAACAGUUCGAGCAGGAAAAAAAGCAUAUUGCGUUGCCAGAAGGUCCAUUGCAUGCAUUUGCUUUCAAGUUGCAAAAAGUACGUGAAGCAUUAGGAAAAGAAAAUGCAUGGAGAGUGCGUACUUUCCUUGUCACUGCGCGCAAUGGCGUAGCCAACGAACGAGCAUUUAAAACUUUACAGAAUUGGGGCCUCGAGAUCGACGAAACACACUUUUUGGGUGGACUCGAUAAGACACCUUUCCUGAUCGCCAUCGAUCCAGCGAUCUUUUUCGAUGAUUCAAGUGAUCAUAUUAAUCGAGCUAAACAGUAUGUUCCAGCUGCACACAUUGUCUACGGUAUUCAAAAUGUGAAACCUUCCAAUAUUGCAGCUGAAUUGGCGCCAGUACGGCUUGUUCUAAAUAAAGAAAUGAAGAAUACAACGUCUCCAUAG